AACAUCUCAAGUUCCAUCCCGGGUCUAUAGACUAAAGCAACAUGGCGAUUGUACGGAGCAAAUCCUCGGUGGUGAUUCCAGAAGAUGAGAAAUCUUUUCCUCGCUUUAUGCUCAAGAAAUUUGAGGAAUAUGGGAACAAUACUGCAAUAGUCGACAGUAAGUCAAACAGGUCAUACACCUACAGGCAACUAAUCUCACUCAUAAAGAAAUGUGGAUCUGGUUUACUACGUGCUGGUCUUAAACCAAGGGAAACCAUUGCACUUAUACUUCCCAACGUCCCAGAGUAUCCUAUCAUUGUGUAUGGUGCCACGUCUGUAGGAGUAAUAGUCACAACACUGAAUCCUUCGUACACUGUAGAUGAAUUUGUUUAUCAACUGAGAGAUUCUGAAGCAACACACGUUGUGACGAUUCCUCAAUUAAGCCAAAAAGUCAAAGAAGCAGCUUCAAAACUCAACAUAAAAAGUCUCUAUACCCUUGGUGAGGCUGAUGGCUUCAUGUCAAUGUCCACUUUGAUAUUUGGUGAUAAUGGAUCAUUGUUUCAGUUCUAUGAACCAAGAAACUGGAGAGAAGAGGUUCUCUAUCUACCCUAUUCCAGUGGCACCACUGGUCACCCGAAAGGAGUCAUGCUAACUCAUUUCAAUUUAAUAGCUCAUAAGUACCAGAUUUCUCAGGGUGGCCUAACUGUUAUACAGACCAGAGUGAUGCUUGGUUUAAUGCCCUUCUUUCAUAGCUAUGGUCUUGGUGUAAUGCUUGGUGCAGGAUUGUUUUUUGGAUAUAAUGUUGUGUGUAUCAAUGGUUUUGAACCUGCUUCAUUUUUAAAGGCUAUACAGGAUUAUAAGAUAUCGACUCUUACUAUUGUGCCACCAAUUGCAGUUUUCCUUGCAAAACAUCCUAUUGUUCUUAAGUAUGACUUAAAACAUGUGGAGGCUAUUUUGUGUGGUGCGGCUCCACUUGGAGAGGAUGCCAAUAUGCAAYUGAAGAGACGGUUUCCAAAAGUAAAAUUUAUCCGUCAAGGUUAUGGAAUGACAGAAACAUCCCCUUCCUUGAUGACACAACCUCCUGAUAAAGUCAAAAUAGGUUCUGUUGGAAUGCUACUGCCAAACAUAGAAGCCAAGGUGAUUAACCUUGAGACUGGAGCUCUACUUGGUCCUGGACAAGAUGGAGAGAUCUGUGUUAGAGGACCAAAUAUCAUGAAAGGAUAUCACAACAAACGUGAUGCAACCAUGACAACCAUUGACCAAGAUGGCUGGCUCCAUACUGGUGACAUUGGUCAUUAUGAUGAAGAUGAACAUUUCUUUAUUGUAGACCGAGUCAAAGAGCUUAUAAAAUAUAAAGGAUUUCAGGUCCCCCCAGCACAGAUAGAAGACAUUCUCCUCUCACAUCCUCAAAUAACAGAUGCAGCAGUAAUAGGGAUACCAAAUGAAGAAGCUGGCGAACUCCCCAAGGCAUUUGUGGUCACUAAAGCUAAGUUGACAGAACAAGAUAUCAUAGGAUUUGUUUCUAAGAAGGUAGCACCUCACAAGAAACUUAGGGGUGGAGUGGAAUUCGUGGAAAGCAUUCCUAAGAAUCCCAGUGGAAAGAUUUUAAGACGCCAGUUGAGAGAACAAGAGAAAAAGAAGUUGAAGUCAUUGAAACACAAACUAUAAACUAAUAACAGUACAGGACACUAUUGUGAUUUCUAGAGUUCCGUGCAACUGUACAAACUAAAUAGUUCUAUAUAGUUGUAUGUAGUAAAUCGUGCAUGCGGUACGCAAACGAAAUUGAAUUGAUACAAAUGAAGCAUUCAAUACCGUCUUGCUUCAGGUCCACUUUUAGUACAAAUUAGUACUACUUAGAUUUUGUACAGUUGCACAGAUUAAGUGCGUUCACUCUAUGAAGUCAUUAUUUGUAACAAAGGGAGCCAAGAACAUUGUGAAGUUGAGUUUGGGUAUCUGUGUUACAAACAUUUGAGAGUGCAGUCAUUUUUAAUACAAACUGACAAAGUUUUGAUACAGUCAUAUUAUUACUUGUAGAGUUUGAGGUCAAUGAAUUCUAGUUAGAUUUAAUACAUAGAUAAUAGUUCCUAAUAGUUUACAAUUAAAUUGAAUUUAUAUAGUCAAAAAUUUACAUUUUAACAAUCAAUUUUUUAGACAUCCAGAAAUAUAUACAUGUAUGGUUUAUUGUUAAUGUAUUUUCACAUAGUUUUUAUAUAUAGUCUGAAAAGAAAUAUAGGCUCUUUGCAGCAUGGUUCAGUGUCUGGCCAUUGCCC